AUGACCAUCAUCGACAUCGGCAAGGAUCUGCCGACGCUGUUCAAACAACAAGCGCAGGCGACGCCUGAUGCCAUCGCCCUGGAAGAUGACGCCAUCACAUACACCUAUGGGCAACUCGAGAGCGAGGUCGAAGCGCUCGCUAGUCGCCUGCGCCAGUUUGGCGUCAGUCGGGACUCGCUUGUCGGAGUGCUCCUGCCUCGCAGUGCUCACUACCUGAUUGCCUGUUUGGCAGCUCUGCGCGCUGGUGGUGCUUUCCUCGUACUCGAAUUGGCAUAUCCAGCGGGCCUGUUGGCGGACGUCAUCGACGAUGCCAACCCCGCCGUGGUGAUCACCCACCAGAGCGAGGUCGAGAAAGUCAAGGCGCAAUGCCCACUGAUUGUGCUGGACAAGCCAGCCGCGGAGAUCAAUGGCCAUGCCAAAGAGGCGGCUCCCCUACCGGCCGAUGACGAUUUGGAUCGUCUGGCCUUCGUGUCGUACUCAUCAGGCACGACAGGAAAGCCCAAGGGUAUUGCGAAUCCCCACCGGGCUCCCGUUCUUUCGUACAACCUGAGAUUCGGUGUACAGGACCUGCAGCCGGGAGAUCGAGUGGCCUGCAAUGUCUUUUUCAUCUGGGAGAUGCUGCGUCCGCUGUUGCGAGGUGCCACCGUUGUAGCAGUGCCCGACGAUGCCAGUUAUGACCCGGCUGCGCUGGUUGACCUGCUGGCCGCCAAGCGAAUCACAGAGACCCUUAUGACCCCGACACUGCUAGCUACCGUUCUCUCACGUUACCCUCGAAUUGCGGAGCGUCUGCCAGAGUUGCGCACCCUUUGGUUGAACGGUGAGGUGGUGACCACUGACCUCGCCCGCAAGGCUAUCAAGGCCCUUCCUAAUACCCGCCUCCUCAACUGCUAUAGUGCCUGUGAAACCCAUGAAAUUGCGUGCGGAGAUAUCCGCGAAGUCCUCGAUACUGAGUCUCUCUACUGCCCGGUGGGCGUGUCUCUCGACCCAGCACACACGUACAUUCUGGACGAGAGUGGAAAGGAGGUCGAGGCUGGCACGGCGGGUGAACUCUUCAUUGGAGGAGACCUGCUGGCACGGGAAUACCUCAACCUUCCCGAGACAACCGCCAAGGCAUUCACGCCUGAUACAUUCGAUUCUACGCCCGGUGCGCGCAUGUAUCGCACGGGUGACUUGGCCCGCAAGCUGCCCUCGGGGCUCCUAGAAAUCACUGGUCGUGUGGGAUCGAUGAUCAAGCUCCGCGGUUACUCCGUUGUCCCGGCCAAGGUUGAGAGCGAUAUCUGCCAAUAUCUGGCCGUGGGUCACUGUGCCGUAGUUGCGCAUGGCGAGGGUCUGGAGCGACAGCUGGUUGCAUACAUCGUGGCCGAAAAGGAGGCUGCUGGGGAUCGGCCGGCGGUGGAGAUCAACGAGACUGGACACAGCCCGGCAGCUCGUCGCAUUCUUGAGCCCUACCUUGCACACUACAUGAUUCCCGCCUUGUGGGUUGAGUUGGGUGAGUUGCCAACGCAUGAAGUGUCUGGCAAGGUCGAUCUUAAGAGCCUCCCUCCACCCCGUAGCGCCAGCCCAAGUGGCAGCGACCAGACGAUCGACAAGGAUCCCAUUGGCAUCAGUGAUGUUGCCGCGAUCUGGGCUACCGUCUUGAAGACUUCCAAGACUCUUCUCAAGCCCGAAGAUAACUUCUUUGAUCUGGGUGGCCACUCUCUGUCCCUGGCUGACUUGGCCUCGCGACUUUCCAGACACUUUGGAUUCCGCGUCCCCAUUCCCCGUCUUGCGGACAACACAACUCUGGCUGGUCAUUUGGAGACCGUGCGUGCUGUCAGAGAUGGCCACACCGCUGCCGUGCAAGCAGACCUUCCCGCCGUCUUGCUGGCUGAUUCCACUUUGGACGAGGACAUCAAGCCUCCUGCCAAUGCCUCCAUCACUUCGAUCGCUGAAGCCAAUACCGUGCUCUUGACCGGCGCCACCGGCUUCUUGGGCGCUUUCCUGCUCAGUGAUCUGUUGGAAAAUACUUCGGCUAAGAUUAUCUGUCUUGUGCGUUUCACUGAUCCGGAAGACGACGAUCAGGCCGGUGGUGUUGCCCGUAUCCGCAGAAACCUGCUGGAUCUUGGUCUCUGGCGCGAUACCCUCAUGGAGCGUGUCGAGAUUCUUCCUGGUAACUUGUCUCGACCUCAAUUUGGAUUGUCCUCUGAAGCAUUCGAUGAGCUCGCGGGCCGUGUUCAAGUUAUUGUUCAUGCGGCCGCUACCGUCAACUUGGUCUACCCCUACGCUGCGCUGCGUGGCGCCAACAUUGGCGGAACCCGGGAGAUUCUCCGUCUGGCGUCCAAGGGUGGUGCUACAGUGCAGUACGUUUCUACUAAUGGUGUUUUGCCGCCAUCCGGCGAGAACGGCUGGUCCGAGCACACUAUGAUGGAUGUGAAGGAUGUCCCUACGAAGCUGCUGGAUGGUUAUGGCCAGACCAAGUGGGUGGCCGAGCAGCUCGUCCUCAAGGCUGGCGAGCGUGGCCUGCCUGUCAAGAUUCACCGCUGCGGUACUAUCAGUGGUCACAGUCUCACGGGUUCUGCUAAUGCAUGGGAUCUUCUGACUGCGCUGCUGGUCGAGUCGAUCCGUCUCGGAUACGCCCCGGAGGUCGAGGGCUGGCGUGCCGAGAUGACCCCCGUGGACUUUGUCAGUAAAUCCAUCAUCCACCUUUCCACCCAGACUCAGGCCGACCAGACCGUCUUCCAUCUGGGUGACCCCAACCCCGUCAACACCCGCUCCGUAUUUGAGAACCUGAACGAUCUCGGCUACCCCACGAAACCCCUUUCCUGGGAUGAGUGGGUAGCGUUGUGGUUUGAGAAGCGAGGCUCAACCAAGGGUGGUGACGGUUCCUUCACCGUCGAUAUUCUGCGUAGUGGUAUGCCGACGGUGGAGUUCCUCCGUGGCAUCGUGGUUCUCGACAACUCUCUGACCAGGCCGUUCCGCGCAGUCGUGGGGCGACCCAAGGUGGACAGCCUGCUUCUGGAGACCUACACCCGCCACUGGUUUGCUCGUGGUUGGCUUCCACGUGCUCCUUCCCGUCAACAGGCUCUUCAGCGUUCAAUCCAGCUCACCAAGAAGGGACCGCUCAGCGGCCAGGUGGCCGUCGUUACGGGUGCAUCGUCUGGCAUUGGUGCUGCCGUGGCCGAGGCUCUGGCUAAGCAGGGCUGCUCCGUUGCAUUGGGCGCUCGCCGCCUCGAUGCUCUCGAGUCUGUCAAGCGAAAGGUUGAGGCUCACGGUGUCAAGUGCAUUAUUCGCUCAACAGACGUCACCAACAAGACUCAGUCCGAAGCACUUAUCCAGGCCGCGAAUGACGAGCUUGGACCCGUCGAUAUUCUCGUUGCCUGUGCUGGUGUGAUGUAUUUCACCAUGAUGGCCAAUGUCCAGACUGACGAGUGGGAGCGCACUGUCGAUGUCAACUGCAAGGGUCUGCUCAAUGCACUGUCUUCCACCGUUCCUGGCAUGCUUUCUCGCGGCCGCGGUCACGUUGUGGCAAUCUCCUCCGAUGCGGGUCGUAAGGUCUUCCCCGGCCUUGGUGUCUACUCGGCCAGCAAGUUCUUUGUUGAGGCAACUUUGCAAGCUCUCCGUCUUGAGACGGCAGGUAUGGGUCUGCGAGUUACUAGCAUCCAGCCCGGUAACACCUCAACACCCCUGCUGGGUAUGUCCACCGAUGCCGAGGCUGUGAAGAAAUUCGGAGAGCCCUCUGGUGCAAAGAUCCUGGAGCCCUCGGACGUGGCCAACUCGAUUGUGCACGCUUUGUGUCAACCAGAGUAUGUCUCUGUUAAUGAGAUUCUGGUUGAGCCACGGGAUGAGCCUAUUUAA